AGAGCUCGAACUUCAUCACAGCAGACGCGUUUGGCAGCAUCGCAACACAUUCCCCUCUUGGACAACACCUUCACCCAACUUCUUUCAUCGUCGCGCAGCUCCAGCAAUCCUCUUCACACCACCAACACCUUCACCGGCACCACAAUCGCAUCGCAUUGGCGCGACCAAGCUUCGGAGACCCUACAUAUCUGGCAACAGUGAGCAGUGCAGUCAUGCGAUCCAUUUCGUAGACGAAUCUCUGCCUUUACUUGCGUGACUUGUAGCGUGACCUUUGAGCUUCGCUGAACGCCAUUGUCAUUGUCCCUUCACGUGCUGUCAUUCAUCAACUUCACCCUCAGGCAACGCCUAUCAGUCGCGAGAAUCGCAAAGCCACUCCGGCGCCCACACCUUGCCCGGAUCCGCGGAAACAGCUGCCUGUCCCAGUCGCGUCCUUGCGACAGUACAAUGUGAUCCAGAAACACGCCGGCUAUCAUCGAUCCAAUGCGCCUGUAUACCCCCGACUCGCUGCUGUAUCCGAUCACGGUUACCAAGCUUCUGCGCAAGCAAGGCGACAGUAUCGAGGUCAAUUCGCCUCUCUUCCUCUACAACUACAAGAGCGUUGUCACAGAGUUUGACGAGGAUGCGAGAGAGGAUGUUGAGAGGGAACGGACAUGGCCCGCGACAUUUGAGAGCGAGCUCGAGGGGACACUGGAGUCGCUGAAUGUGAAGGUGGGCCAGGUCAUUGAACGGAAGACACCGAUUGCGGACGUGGAGGAAGCUUGCAAACAUGAGAUUCAGUUCGCAGGGCUGUGCGCGGCUUGCGGCCAGGACAUGAAGGAGAAGAGUUCGUACAACGAGACGACGGCGCGUGCGGCACGUGCCACGGUCAAUACAGUACACGGGCGACAGGAUCUCCUCAUCUCGGAGGAGGAAGCGUCCAAGAGCGAUGAAGAGGCCAAGCGUAGACUGCUGGAGUCUCGGAGAUUGAGCUUGGUGGUGGAUCUGGACCAGACCAUCAUUCACGCGUCCGUCGAACCGACCAUCGGAGAAUGGCAGAACGAUCCGUCAAAUCCGAACUACGAGGCUCUCCGCGAUGUUCAGGCUUUUCAGCUCCACGACGACAAGCCCAAUACGUGGUACUACAUCAAACCACGACCCGGACUCAAGGACUUCUUGGAUCGGCUGUCGGAAAUCUACGAGAUGCACAUCUACACCAUGGGCACGCGAUCGUACGCAGAGAAUGUGGCCAAGAUUAUCGAUCCUGACCGGAAGAUAUUUGGCGAUCGCAUCGUGACACGGAAUGAGAGUGGGAGUCAAACAGCCAAGUAUCUGAAGAGACUGUUUCCCAUCGACACAAGGAUGGUGGUGAUCAUCGACGAUCGUGCAGACGUGUGGCACUGGAUCUCAAAUCUGGUCAAGGUCAACGUGUUCGAGUUCUUCGUCGGUAUUGGCGACAUCAACAGCAGUUUCCUACCGAAGCGACCCGAGCUCGAGGCCGCAAAGGCACAUGCGCCCAAGAUGGAGCGCAUCCCGUCGAAUAAGACCCCAACGGAGAAUGGUGAUAACGCUCAGCCAGACGCAAGCACCGAGCCCGUGACCACCACUCCCACGCCCGCCUCGCCUGUGCAAACCAACGGCGAGACAUCAGUGAGCGAACAACUCCUCACCAUGGCAGGUCCGCAAGAUGCGAAGACCAUUCAAGAGAAGACAGAAGAGCAGGAACAAAUCAUUCAGGAGCAGCUCGAUGAUCGACCUAUGCUGAAGAAGCAGAAAGAGCUCGAAGACCUCGCGAAGGAGGAAGAAGCAAAGGCGUCUCCUGCUGUUGAAGCGACAGCUGAGCUGCUUGCAGAGAAUGGCGAUGAUACGGAAACAAAAGAGCUUUCGCACGUGGACUCUAUCCAGCACAAGUAUCGGCAGAACCUUCUCGCCGAUGACGACAAUGAGCUGGUGUACCUCGAGCAGAGCUUGCGCAACGUCCAUACCACAUACUAUGACGAGUACGACAAGCAAUCUCGGGGUGCUAAGGGCGACCGGGUUGCUGAACUCCGGCCAGGACACAGCAAGAAGCGGUCGUUUGACGAUCUUAACAAUAUUCCUGAUGCAGCAGUGCUUAUGGACGGCAUCAAAGCAAAGGUCCUCGCAGGCUGCCAUAUUGUCUUCUCCGGUGUUGUUCCGCUCGGAGUCGACCCAUUGACACACGAUGCAGCGCUUUGGGCGAAGACGUUUGGAGCGACGGUGAGCGUCAACAUCACCAAGAAGACAACUCAUGUCAUCGCCUCACCAGAUCGAAGAACGGCGAAAGUACGACAAGCAGCAAAGAAGCCCCGCAUCGCCAUAGUGAGCCAGCAUUGGCUGCAUGCGUGCUUUGCACAGUGGAAGAAUGUCGAUGUCAAUCCCUAUCGCAUCCACUCGGAUGCUCCUGCGAAUGGAGCUGGCGCGCUACCUGAAAGCUUUGACGAAACUGCAUACAACGUAUCAUCUUCAGACGACGAUUCAAUUCUGACCGAGGAUGAAACUGACGCGACCGAGACUCCGAAUGGAGGUGACCGUCUCACACUGGAGAUCGAUACCGACGAGGAGGAGCUCAUGAAAUACGCCCCCUCAUUGGAUCGCAAAGACAGCAGUCCCAUCGAGGGCGAGCAGCCUGACGACUUUCAAGCAAUUGACGAAGAGCUCGAAGCCUUCAUGGAAGAGAGUGGAGACGAGGACGAUAGUGAUACGGAAAGUGUGAAGAGCACGCAAUCUGAGACUGAGCCCAGCAGUGCGAAGAAACGCACACGCGACGACAGGGAUAGUGAUGGAGAAAGUGAGAAGGGCAGUCGACUGCAGAAGAGAAAGAAGCAGGCUAUGGAGAGGACUUCUAGUUUGACCAAUCUUGUCGUGCAGGGCAAUGGUGCUGCGCCUGCCGUGGAGGGACAGGAUGAAAUUGAGGGCACUGAAAGUGAUGCGGAUUUGGAGGCUCAGUUGGCUGCUGAGAUGGAGAGACAGAGUGAUGGUGAAGAGUAGAGAUGAAGUGCAUAGCAUGGAAGAAUUCUGAUCCCUCACAUUGAGAGCGGAGACUGCUUGGUCGCUCAGGCCCCCGGAGUGCUGCAGUGACACUGCAACUUGUAUCUGGUUGGGCAGGUCCAUGCGAUGAGCACAGAGCGAUAUCGCUGCUCCGAGAGCUGGUGUUACCAUCAAACAGCAUCGACGGGCUAGUCAGACAUCUAUCAAAGUGACCAUGA